AUGCCUCCCACGGCCCGCCGGCCCGCCAUGGAGCUCGGCCCCGACGGCCUGCUGGGCUCCCUGGAGGACCUGCAGGACCUGACGCUCACCGAGAGGCCGGUCCGCAGGAGCCUCAAGACGCCGGAAGAGAUAGAAAGGCUGACGGUUGAUGAAGAACUGAAUGAUAUCGAGAGGGCCGUUUAUCUGCUCAGUUGCGGUCAGGAUGUCCAAGGAACCAGUGUGUUCGCCAGCCUUCCGCACCUGACACAACAGGAUCCCGUGGAGACACUGCGGAGGGUCUUGCCCAAAGCCAGGGAAGUGCUGCAUGGCGCAGGGCUGGAGACGCAACUGACGGCUGCAGUGUCCUUUCUGACCAUCCUGAGAGAGGAAUCCUUAUCUGUCCAAACCUAUUCCCGCAUCUUCCUCCCUAUCAUCUUGCAGCACCUGGAGCACAGAGAUGCAGGUGUUGGAAAUGCAUGGCUGGAAACUCUGCUGGCGGUUAUAGAAACUCUACCUAAGGACACUGUGAGACGUGAGAUCCUGAGUCCACUAAUUUCCAAGGCGCAGCUCUCCCAGACACUUCGGUCCCGCUUGAUGAACUGUCAGAUUUUAGGAAGAUUGGCCAACAGAUUUGAAGCCCACACGCUCAAGAGGGAGAUCCUGCCCCUGGUGAGGUCACUCUGCCAAGACGUCGAACAUGAAGUGCGAUCUUGCAUGUGCCGGCAGCUGGAGAUGGUCGCUCGGGGCGUCGGGGUGGAACUGACCAAGAGCGUGGUGCUGCCCGAAUUGACGGAGCUGGCCCGAGAUGAAGGUGGUGGCGUGCGUCUCGCAGCCUUCGAGACCUUGGUCAAUCUGCUUCCUGUCUUCGACACAGAGGACCGGAGUCAAACUGUGCUCCCUUUAGUGAAAGAAUUCUGCGACCAAUGUUUCCAGGCGGAUGAAUCUAUUCUGGUUUCUUUCUCUCUCCACCUGGGGAAACUCUGCCACGGACUAGACGGGAUCCUAACUCCGGAUCAGCAUUUGAGGUUCCUGGAAUUUUAUAAGAGACUCUGCACAUUGGGGUUCCAGCGGGAAAAUGGGCCUGAUGAGAAUCAGACACCACCGGGGACCCUGGAGCGGGAGAAGAGAUACGUCUGCGUGCGGAAGAACUGCGCCUACAACUUUCCGGCCAUGGUCAUCUUUGCGGACCCCAAGAAAUUCCACCCGGAACUCGGUUCGACUUUCUUCCGCCUCUGUCGCGACCCAGAAGUCCCAGUCAGAUACGCCGUCGCCCUCGGUUUCUAUGAAGUUUCCAGGCUUCUGGAUUCUGGAGUGUGUCUCAUCCAUCCUGAGCUAGUCACGCUGCUGCAGGACGAAUCACUGGAGGUACUGGAUGCAUUGACAGAACGUCUCCCGGAGAUCCUUGAGCUCGUUACCUCUGGUGGAGAGAGCACUGCACAGGAGCGCAAGCCGUCUCCUGUCCCUGACCUGAUUCCAGCACUGACCACAGCAGAGCGGCGGGCUGCAUCCUCUCUGAGAUGGCGGACUCAUGAGAAGCUGCUGAGGAAACUGGCCUGCCUGCCUCACGUCAUUUCGAGUGACCAGAUCUAUCGCCGCUUUUUACCCAGGGUGCUGACGGUUGUGACGACCAACAAUGUCUUACCUGUCCAGAAGGCCGCCUCCCGGACCCUAUGCAUCUUCCUACGUUACAAUCGUAGACGCGAACAGAGGCGUGAGGUCAUUCAGAAGAUAAUUGAACAACUUGGUCAAGGGAGGAGCUGUUGGAAUAGGCUGCGGUUUUUGGACACCUGUGAAUUUAUCAUCGAGAUCUUCUCCCGCUCCUUUUUCUGUCAAUAUUUUUUUCUUCCCGUCCUGGAGCUGACUCACGAUCCAGUGGCAAAUGUGAGAAUGAAACUCUGCCACCUGUUGCCCAAGGUCAAAUCGACCCUGAAGAGUUCAACGGACAAACGUCUGCUUCAGCAGUUGGAACUGUGUGUAAGGAAGCUCCUCUGUCGGGAGAAAGAUAAGGACGUCUUAGCUCUUGUCAAAAAAACCGUGGUGGAGUUGGACAGGAUGGAGGUAGCGUCCAUGGACACUUUUCAGGAAAGAUUUUCUGAAGAAGAUUUAUCAGAUCAGGAAAAAGAAAGAGAAGAGCUCCUCCUUUUGGAAAUGGAACGAUUAGAGAAAGAGAAGCAGCAGACCAAUGGAAGACUGAGCAGCGAUAAAGCCCCGGAGAAGAAGCGUCGAGACAGUAAAACGGCAGCAUCUCUGGCACCAAAUCUUUCAACUGUCAUUGUUGGAAUCUCCACUCCGGCUCCAUCGACAAGCCGAGAGAUCAAGGGAUCCAAAUUGGUUCGAAGCCAGUCCUUCGGCAGUCAGGCUCUUCACCCCAAAUCGGGCCAUGUCGACAAAUGCGCUAACCAAGGUUUUUCCACGGGCUAUUCCCCAUCCCUCUCUGGCCUAGGAAAGAAUCCUUCACAAUCAUCGACCGACGUUCUGUCUCAGAUUCAUGACACCCCUUUGCCUGGCACCUCCCAGAUAGCUGACUCAACUGACAUGAAGAAUGACAGCCGUAGAGAUCCUCCACGACGGAAGGGUUCCACGUGAGACCAGCCACCUACUCUCUGAUACUUCGGAGAAGCAAGCAACUUCUUUGCGAGGAAGCUUUCUAAGAUAAUUUGAGGAGCUGAUUUUUCUGGGCUGUUCAGAGUAACAUCUCCCCUUCAGGAUUCUCUCGGGCUUUCUCAAUGAGUGGAAAAUCCAUCCCGGCAAUGUUUGGUUCUCUACUUUUUUGGGAUUAAAAAAAAUAUGAAAAAGCCUUCAUCUCUUCCAUGACAAGACCACUUAAUGAAGAACAUAGUUCCAUUUUGCUUCCCACGACUGCAUCAGAACAGAUCCAUUGACCAUCUGAGAGAUUCCUACAGAGCUUCCAUCUGGGAAAUGUUCAUACCCACUGAAAUCCCACAGUUGUGGAAGUUUCCCUAGAAUUCAGACAAUAUGGCGUGUUCGAAUUAUCUUUUGUGAAUACAACCCUUCAGAUCUAAUUCAGAGGUCAAAGGAAAAUUAGAAUAUCCCCAUUGCCUCCUCAUCUGACCUCCGAAUUGAUCCUCAGUCCCUCCCAUCCAUAAUCUUGGUCGAAGCGACUGUCAGGUGUGAUGUGGAGCAGGAGCAUCUGAUGGGCAGUAUGACUUUCAGUGUCUAAGACCCUCAUGCGUCUGAGGCUGUUGGCACCUGAGGGCAUGUGCUGAGGGUUGGUGGGAGGCGGCGAAUGUGUUGCUACAUGCUCUUUAACAAUUCGUGUCAAAAUGACACCUCACUGGUGUGAGUGGUGGUGGCCCAAAUUGAUGGGGUACUCUCAGUUGGCUCGGUGGGGCAGGUGGGCUCCCUUCCUUCUCCCUGAAGAUUGAAAGGGAAGAUAUGGCUGUGAGGGUGCUUACCUUGGCCCUUUGAGGGUUCUACGCCCGUGCUGGUCUGAUAUGGAGACAUUGCAAACGUGACAACAGUAAGCUUUUAAAUAGGGCAUUAAACUUAAAAGUUAUUUAAGUGCAGUUUCUUUCAAAGCCUAAAAACUCAUGAGAAGGUUCCACAUUUUACUCUGGUUUCAGAUGGAAGUAGGUGGCUUCAGGUCAGUGUAGCUGUCAUGGGGCUCCAAUCAGUGGGUCCAAGAUCUUUCCCAAAUUAGAUUCCGUUAUACUGUAAUGGUAUUUGUAUGUUUUGAGUGCUUACUAUGUUCCAGGCACUGCACUAAGUUCUGGGAUUGAUAUAAGGAAAUUGGAUACAAGUACAUGGGGCUAACAGUCUUAAUUCCCAUUUGACAAAUGAGGUAUCUGAG